AUGUUCUAUUCUUCACCAGGUCUAUUCACCUCAAUAGUCUGUUUACUAGCCAAUCGAUAUUUUCAACUAACAUCUCGUUCCCGAUAUUCGCCUCAUUUUCAAGUCUCAAUCUACAUACUCCACUACAUUUUCGCUGCAUUUUACGCAUGUUUUAUAAUUCGAAAUGUUCCCGAACAAACAUUGGCUCUUGAACGAGCCCAUCAAAUUCUUCCGUGUCUACCAGAUUCGAUAAAAUCAAUGCGAAUCGAAGUAAUCAAUAAUGAUCCGAUUGAUGCAAUUAAGAAAGCCUCAUUUUUCUCUUUUAUCGUAACUUUGGAAAUCACAAUAUUUGCUCUUCUCAUUUAUCACAAAUUAUAUCAGAGUAGAAAUAAUACUCUGAGUUUGAGCACUAGGAAAAUGCAAAAAUCGUUUUUCAUCGCAAUUUGUGUACAAAUCAUUGUUCCACUAACUCUUCUAGCUUUGCCGCUUUUAUGCUUCUCAUAUUGUUCGUUCAACACAAUAUACAACCAAAGUAAGUAG